CUCCCGUGCUGACGCCUGCGCAGAUCGCGUAGAGCUGGAAUUAGGCUAACAGCUGCCCCUCGGGAGGCCGCGGAAGCUCCGGGUGUCGGACCGAGUGUGGGAGUCGGGCAUCACCGCCUUCUGACGGCAAGCUAAAUCACAACUUGGGAGCACUUCGCGGCGCACAAUGGCUGAGAACGACGUGGACAAUGAGCUCUUGGAUUACGAAGAUGACGAGGUGGAGAACCAGGCAGCCGGCGAUGCCUCGGAGGCGCCCCUGAAGAAGGACGUGAAGGGCUCUUACGUGUCCAUACACAGCUCGGGUUUCCGAGACUUCCUGCUGAAACCAGAGCUGUUGCGUGCAAUUGUUGAUUGCGGUUUUGAGCACCCCUCUGAAGUGCAACACGAGUGUAUUCCUCAAGCGAUUUUGGGCAUGGAUGUGUUGUGCCAGGCCAAGUCUGGUAUGGGAAAGACAGCAGUGUUCGUCUUGGCCACUCUACAGCAGCUCGAACCUGUCACAGGACAAAUUUCAGUCCUGGUGAUGUGUCACACUCGAGAACUGGCUUUCCAAAUCAGCAAGGAGUAUGAGCGCUUCUCAAAGUACAUGCCAAGCGUGAAGGUUGCCGUGUUUUUCGGUGGGCUCUCCAUUAAGAAGGACGAGGAGCUGCUGAAGAAGAACUGCCCGCACAUAGUGGUGGGCACCCCGGGCAGGAUCCUGGCACUGGCUCGCAACAAGUCCCUGAACCUCAAGCACAUCAAGCAUUUCAUCCUGGACGAGUGCGACAAGAUGCUGGAGCAACUCGACAUGCGUCGAGAUGUCCAGGAAAUCUUUCGCAUGACCCCUCAUGAAAAGCAGGUCAUGAUGUUCAGUGCCACCUUAAGCAAGGAGAUUCGUCCAGUUUGCCGCAAGUUCAUGCAAGAUCCAAUGGAGAUCUUUGUGGACGAUGAGACGAAGCUCACUCUGCACGGCCUGCAGCAGUACUACGUGAAGCUGAAGGACAAUGAGAAGAACCGGAAGCUCUUUGACCUGCUGGAUGUGCUGGAAUUCAACCAGGUGGUGAUCUUUGUGAAAUCGGUGCAGCGCUGCAUUGCUCUGGCGCAGCUCUUGGUGGAGCAGAACUUUCCCGCCAUAGCCAUCCACAGAGGCAUGCCGCAGGAGGAGAGGCUGUCCCGAUACCAACAAUUCAAGGAUUUCCAGCGGCGGAUACUGGUCGCCACCAAUCUGUUUGGCCGGGGUAUGGAUAUCGAGCGGGUGAACAUCGUGUUCAACUACGACAUGCCGGAAGACUCAGACACCUACUUGCACAGGGUGGCGAGAGCUGGUCGGUUUGGGACCAAGGGGCUGGCCAUCACCUUUGUGUCAGAUGAGAAUGACGCCAAGAUCCUGAACGAUGUGCAGGACCGGUUCGAGGUGAACAUCAGUGAGCUGCCCGAUGAGAUCGAUAUCUCCUCAUACAUUGAGCAGAGCAGAUAGAUGUGAGACCACACAUCCCGCUUUUAUCACCAUGGGUUGAAGAUCGCCAAGUCUGACACUGCGGACCACACCAUUUUACAUUGAUGUGCGUUCACCAGCAUUGACAAUGGAAAUGGCUGAAUGUAAAUACCAUGUGUUUAGCUGCACUUGACAAGUGACAUAAUUCCGUAUAGUUUCAUAGACUAUUUUUAGAAUUAUUUUCCCACCUUCCUUUAUUUGUGGUGAACUGUGUUUGCAUGGAGAUUUUGAGUGGCAUAUACACUACAUUAUCCCCACCUGGCGCCGGGUAUUUGAGUAGAAAAUGUGUUCCAGUGAUAACAAUUAAAGAGAAAAAAAUCCUUGGUACCAGGAGCUUGUGUUGUUCAUCAUCUCUCUUACCCCUCCAUGCCCUCUCCUGAAGGCUUUUGCUGAGGUUUCCACUGGAUGACCACUCUCUGCGCAAGGACUGAGAAGCCAGUCAGGUUUUGCAGACAGCUCCAGACCUUCGUUCCCAUCCUCGUGAGGGACAAGUCCCAACGCCCUGGCCAGUGUUUUUAUAAAUGCUCCCAUUUCAUACCUAGCCUUACUUGAGGCCAGAUGGACCCAGUAACAGCCAAGACCAAACAACAAGGUGAUGCUAAGUCAAUUUGACUCUGAAAAGAUUGAACGCAGUGCCUAUUUAUGAUCCCUGCAUGAUUUUUGCACUUGGAGAGCGGAGGAGAGGCGUUACCUGUAAACUCUGGAGCAGCAAAGACAGGUAUGAGUCGCCGGACCUAAUUCAGACACCGCCAUGGUAAAUUAUCGUCUGUUAUGUGUUCGAGAGAUUCCCAAGGCAUCAGAAACACAAUCUUGUUUAGAUAUUUAAUAAGAUCCUGGUUAGUAGUCUGAUCUUGGUCUCAAGAUUACCCUCAGCUCCCUCAUAAUACAAAGAUCCACCUCCAUUUCGAUUGGAUUCAAUGGCUCCACCUCUCGAGUUGAGAAUUCCACAAACCCGUAAAAAGGAACUCCACAGUGCCGCAGUGUGUAGAGACUGAUGUUCAGUCCUGACUUGAACGCUGUGGGUGUGAUGGUUACACAUUCUCCUUGUGACAGCAGGUACUCCAGUUUACUCCCACAUCCCAAUGAUGUGCAGAUAAGUUGACUGGUGUAAAUUGCCCCUAGUGUUGUGGGUGAGGGAUGGAUUCUGAGGGUAGCUGAUAGGGAGUGUGGGGGAGAGUAAAAAUGUAGGAUUAAUGUUAACAGAUGAUAAUUGGCGUGGGCUGAAAGACCUGUUUGCCAGUUGUAUGUCUCUAGGACUCUGAGCAAUUCUGGCACUUUGGGAAGGAGAAGAUGGCCUUUGACAA